CAAAACUCUCAUGACAAGAGAAAAAUGGUGUUGAUGCUUUAUCUACAUAAGAGCCCACUAAACUUUUAGCAAAAACCUGGAAAUCGAAGUGUUGGGUCAGCUGAGAGGGUGUCUAGAGGAACUGGGUUCAGAAUGAAGACGAGAUUUAUCUGUUCUCUGCUGGUGAUACAGUUUACUACAGCGGAAAUUCCAGAUGUCGAGCUUACAACAUUUAGUUCGAACCAAUCUCUAGUGGAAUCCCCUGCAUUGGUUGGAGAUAUAUCUAGCUCUCUCAAACCAGAGCUGAACUCGAGUAUUACUAUCCUGAAACCAGAGCUAAACUUGAGCACUGAUAUCCUGAACCCAGACUUUGAUUCUGUCCCUAGUAUCUUAAACCUGGAGCCGGAGCAAAAUACCCAGAACCUCAACCCAGAUUUGAUUUCUAAUAACAUUGCUCCGACCUUGGAUCAUUCUAGCUCCGACAACCUAAACCCAAACCCAGAGAAUGAUUUUAACCCUUUUACCCUGUAUCCGGAUAGUCUGAACCCAAACCAAGACCAAACCGUAAAGAAUUUAACAUCCAACCAAACCAGUAUAGAAAUACAAUCUCCAGAGAUUUUAGACUCUUCUGAUGAUUCAACCGACCUUAUUUCAACCAUCUCCAGUAGUAGCGAAGGCCCACAGACUGAGAGAAAUUACAAGGAGGUUGAAAACCAGACGGUUUCGGAUAGCUCUGAGAGCAGGUCGGAGAAUCAAAACUCAACUCUUCUCCCGGAUUACGAUGAUCUGAACACUACAGAGAAAACUACUGAGUCGGAGGAGCUAUUUCCAACCACGUCCUUUUCUCAGGAUACUACUUCAAAGAGACGUACGACUACUGACGCCUGGACCCUUCCACCUGUAAUUCCAAUAGAACCUGAAGAUCCAGCUCAAAGUAAAAAUAAAAGGUUAACCUUUAUUCUGCUCGGAAUAUCUGGAGUUCUUGGUGUAGUUCUCGUUCUAACCCUGUUCUACUGUAUCAGGAUGAGACAAACAAGAAAAUCCCCAGGACCUGUAGGAAAAGUUGAACCUGCUGGGAAGAUCGUCUCUCUGGCCUAGCCUAACCUAACUCGAACCUUGAUAAUUUUAUGUAAAGUUAAAAAUAUAUAUGAUUUUAUAUAUUUAUACAUAUCCUUGAGCUAGUAUUAACGUUAUUUUGUUAAAUAUAUGAUAAUCUUAAGAUGGAAAGAAUUAA